AUGACCCCUUUUAAGCUUCCCCACCUAUGUGCGUUUGAGAGCUAUGCCGAGAUUGCUGUUGAGUUGGCGACGCUACGUCAGCUGCCGAAGUACGCGGAUUUUGAGAAACUGCUUCGGGAUGAGCUUCAACGAAUUUAUGGAGGUGCACCUGAGGAGUUUCGUGGCGUCAUCACCUACAGUACGCGGGAGACACCGCAGCGUUUUACAGGUUGCUUCACAGAGUGUCAGCUGGAGACCUUGCACCAGUAUGAUGCUACCGUCGAAAAGGCAAAAUCUCUAGGUAGUGAGUAUCAAACAGCCGUUGAGGAGCAUGAGCGUGUUGUAGAGGCGAACAAGGAUCGAAAACGCACGCAAAAACGGAUUAGGGAAGAAGCAAAGUCGAAAAAACGUCUCCACAAGAUGCAUCACGGUGUUGUCACGGCAGAAUAUGAAGUGGAAUGUCUCGCCCUGAAGUUAAAAAACCUUUUUGCCAUUGAUGUGAUCCGCGUCCCACUAAACUGA